AUGGCAGCGAGGCUCCUCCGUGGCUGCUUGUGUGAAGACAUGGAUGUAAUACUAGGGCCUGGGAUCCGGCCCGUUGACAGCAAAAUUGCGGAGGCUCCUAGAAGUGUUGCGCUUGCCAUCGUCGUCUCUGAUGUUGAUCGACGAAAGGCCAGAGAUACUUUCGGUCCUAUCAGUAUUGACUUUUGCCGGCUGCUCAAGUUGCGCAGCUAG